CCAAAUCUCUCCAGUCGUGCGAAGUAUCCGUCUGAGACAGGAGGCUCAGUUUUUUUCAUAAUCUUGGAGGCAGCUUUCAAUUUCCGUUAGCACAUCAAGGACAUGGAAAUGUCAGUUUUUAGCGGGGUAGAAGAAGGCAGAGGAAUGGGUGAUCUAAUUUCGUUGGAAAACGGCGUCUACGUCAUCGCCGCUUUAAAUGUGGUGGCGCAUUUCAUCGUUCUGGUCUCCAUUUUCGCAUAUGUUGCCAGCAUCGUAAGUGGAUAUGGGGAUUUGGCUUGCAGCGCUUUCAAGGCAGAUGAAAAGAAAACCUGUGAAGAAAUGACUCCAACCACGCGGAUCAUGAUGGCGGGAAUUGUUGGGAUCUACACCGUUCCAAUGAUAUACUUACAUGGCAGGCUGUAUACCGCAGUGGAAACGAAAGAUGAGGAAUUUAUGACAACCUGGCUGCAAAUUCAAUCUGUCCUCCUCAUAUUCCGUGGCAUCGGCUACUCGACCACCCAACCGGCACUCCUCCUCCCCGAAUUGGUUCAAGUUUGGAUGGUUCACUCUUACCAGCAGCAGUUGAUAAUCACAAAGCUGCAACAAAUCCGGACAAGCUCCUCUCCCGUUCCGAAGCAGAAGGUUCUUGCAUACAAUCCAUAUGGGGUAGGCGCAGAAUUGUGGAAUAAUCGUGUGAAAUAUGAUUAAGAUGUCCCGUUUUUCUUUCACUAUUUGGCCAGUUCAAUUAAUUAAUUUAUGCGUGUUCUUCAUUUUGUGGCACUCUUUUCUUUUGAAAAAUUCGAUCUGUAGGGGUAAGCAUUGUCUGGUAUGGAAUAUAAUUUGUUUGAGCUGUAGUAAAUUGUGUUUAA